UGUUACAGAUUUUCAUAAAUAAUGAAUGGCAUGAUGCAGUCAGUAAGAAAACCUUCCCGUCUGUCAAUCCAGCAACAGGAGAAGUUAUCUGCCAGGUUGCUGAGGGUGAUAAGGCAGAUGUGGACAAGGCUGUAAAGGCAGCCAAGGCAGCUUUCCAGCUGGGCUCGCCUUGGAGAAGGAUGGACGCUUCUCACCGGGGGAAGCUGCUGAAUCGCCUUGCUGACCUGAUUGAGAGAGACCGGGCUCACCUGGCGGCGCUAGAAACUCUGGAUAAUGGCAAACCGUACUCUAUUGCCUACUUGGUGGAUUUGGACAUGGCAGUCAAAUGUCUCAGAUAUUUUGCAGGCUGGUCUGAUAAAUUCCAUGGAAAAACCAUCCCUUUAGAUGGAGACUUCUUCUGUUACACAAGGCAUGAGCCAGUGGGAGUCUGUGGACAGAUAAUCCCGUGGAACUUCCCUCUGCUGAUGCAAGCAUGGAAACUUGGGCCUGCCCUGGCUACUGGGAAUGUGGUUGUGAUGAAAGUGGCGGAGCAAACACCCCUGAGUGCUCUUUAUGUAGCUAACCUGGUCAAAGAGGCUGGAUUCCCUCCCGGCGUGGUUAACAUCAUUCCUGGCUAUGGGCCCACUGCAGGGGCUGCCAUCUCUUCCCACAUGGAGGUAGACAAAGUGGCCUUCACUGGCUCCACAGAGGUUGGGCAUCUGAUCCAGAAGGCUGCAGCAGAGAGUAACCUAAAGAAGGUGACACUGGAGCUUGGAGGAAAGAGUCCAAAUAUAAUCAUGUCUGAUGCUGACAUGGACUGGGCUGUGGAGCAAGCCCAUUUUGCCCUCUUCUUCAACCAAGGGCAGUGCUGCUGUGCUGGAUCCCGAACAUAUGUCCAGGAAGAUAUAUAUAAUGAGUUUGUGGAGAGGAGCGUUGAGAAAGCCAAGUCCAGGGUGGUUGGAAACCCUUUUGACUUUAAAACUGAGCAGGGACCUCAGGUAGAUGAGGAGCAGUUUAAGAAGAUACUUGGUUACAUUAAUACUGGGAAGCGUGAAGGAGCCAAACUGCUAUGUGGUGGCAAUCCUGCUGCAGACAGAGGCUAUUUCAUCCAGCCAACUGUCUUUGGAGACGUGCAGGACAACAUGACGAUUGCCAGAGAGGAGAUAUUUGGGCCAGUCAUGCAGAUCCUGAAGUUCAGAACAAUCGAGGAAGUAAUUGAGAGAGCAAAUGACUCCCAGUACGGUCUAGCAGCAGCAGUCUUUACAAAAGAUCUUGACAAAGCAAACUAUGUGUCUCAGGCACUGCGAGCGGGAACAGUUUGGAUAAAUUGUUAUAAUGUGUUCGGUGCACAAGCCCCAUUUGGUGGCUACAAAGCAUCUGGGAAUGGGCGAGAGCUGGGAGAAUAUGGUCUUGAUGCAUACAUAGAGGUGAAAAGUGUGACAAUCAAAAUUCCACAGAAAAACUCAUAAAGGACAGUAGUUUCUCCAUGCAUUUGACCUACGCAGCUUCAGGAGAUACAAAGCAAGGAACCCUCUUCUUAAGAUACACAAAACUUAGGUGGAGAACAUGUCACUCCACACGUAACUUCUAAAGAAAUGAUUCUGUAGAAGGUGCCUGAAGGAGCUUUUGUUUAAAACAUUACUUGGCUUUAACCUGUUAAAAUACCAAAUACAGGCAAUUGAGUACUAAUGCAUUACACAAGCCUACUCUUGUUGCACCUGGAUCUAAGAAUGUGCUUUUUUAAAGAAAAAUGCUUGUCUAAUCUGCAGGAGGCUUUUUAGUAGCCUUCAUAGCUAGCUGCAUGAGCAAACAGCUACUCCUUAACCUGUACACCUACAUCCCUCUUCCGUAAGCAAAAUGGACUGAGAACCAAUUGUGUAAUGUAGGACGGUAACAUCUCAGCAUGAAUUUGUGAAGUAAAAGUCUGUUCUCAGCUGCUCGUAUCUGCUCUCACUGUAUCUACUCAUAAUAAAACAGUCUUCUCUCAGUACA